GCACUCUUUGCGUAGAAUUUGCAUGGCCGCAGGAAUCGGAUCAUCCAGUCAUCGUUGUCUAGCGGCACGACCAAGCCUUCCACAUCUAAGUAAUCCGCGAAAUCGUGACCACCGGGAAGGCCCGCUGUGCAGCAAUGUUUAUUCGUACCAGGCGGCGGUCCAAGGUUGUGUGUUGCCUUUCUGGUGGUGGUGGUGGUGUGGUAGCUUUGGCAGAAAAAUCGCGAAUACGGAGGACCGUCCCGUCAGACACGACGGAUUAGCAAUUAAGCCCAUCGGCCAUCAGCACCUUCCAACGCCGGUGUAACUAUGCUGAUCAAACGACGAAGAAGGGCAACAGCAGCAGCAGCAUAGAACGGCAAUUGGGUCCGCGGUGGUCGCGUGUCGUGAGGUGUCGCGCCGAGCGUCGUGUGUGUUGUAUAUAGCAAAAUUGAAGGCACACAAAACAGUCCACCACGUCUCCCAAAUGCGAUAAGGCGAUUUCGACGACCAGAAGACGGUAUAUUCGCGCGCGCCCGCCCCGUAAUCAGUAUUGUGCUCCUUCGGUUAGUAAAGUAAGUAAAGAAAGAGAAAAGGGCCUUUUUUCGCGCAUCCAUCCGGUUACGAGUUUAUGUGUGAAGUGUGUAAAGUGGAAAUUUGUGUGGUUGUGUGGUGCAAGUAAACUAAACCAAAAACAGUCAAACACGAAUCGGCCGAUAUUACUCCGCCACACCAUGACGCGCACAAGAAGCGCACCGUCGAAAUCGUACGAAGCGUGCGAGGACAAGCGUUCGGAGCAGAGACUGUUGCACAAAUGGACCCGCUACUCCAGUGCCAAGCUCGAGGAGGUGGAGGAAACGCUGCUGUCAGCCCUUCGAAAACCCUUUGAAAGUAUCUUCGUUGAUGUAGGUCAGUGUGUCGGGACGAACGAUAAGAUACGGACGGUGGCACUGAACCGCGAAUCGGACAACAUUCCCGUCCUGUUGCUGCACGGGCUCGGUGCGGGCGUCGGACUGUGGGUGCUCAACCUGGACGCGAUUGCCGACCAUCGGCCAAUGUACGCGAUCGAUAUAUUGGGGUUUGGGCGAAGCUCACACCCGAAGUACGACGAGGAUCCGAUCGCGGCGGAACGACAGUUUGUUGCGUCGAUCGAAGCGUGGCGUGUGGCGAUGGGGCUGGAGCGGAUGUACAUCCUGGGCCAUUCGAUGGGCGGCUAUCUGGCCUGCAGCUACUCCAUCACGCAUCCCCAACGAGUGGCCGGUUUAAUUUUGGCCGAUCCGUGGGGCUUCAUGGAAACACCGCCGAGAAUUAAGCGCAAGUACUGGAUCCGGAUCCUGUACCGGACGGCACGGAAGAUGAACUUUUACCCCCUGACGGUGGUACGUAUGGCCGGACCGACCGCGGCUUGGAUAUUGAGCCGCCGGCGGACGGACAUUACUUCCCGGUUUGAAGGAAUCGUGCCGGACGAACGGAUUGUGGCGGACUAUCUACAUCUCGUCAAUGCUCAGAAACCUUCCGGUGAAACUGGUUUCUGUGCGAUACAGAAAAACUUCGGUUGGCCCAUCAACCCGAUGCUGAAGCGUAUCGACCAAAUCGAUCCCACCAUACCCAUGACAUUCAUUUACGGGUCCGAAUCUUGGAUCGACUUUGAGGCGGGCGAGGUGACGAAAGAGAAGCGGUCGGGAUGUUUCGUUCAAGUCAAGAUAAUCGAUAAUGCUAGUCAUCAUCUGUAUGCGGACUUCCCGGACAUAUUUAACCAGCACGUUAACGAAGCUUGCUUCACGUAUGACAAACGUAUCAACGCGCAAAGCAAAGUGACCGAGCUUGCGGCGGAGGAGUGAACUAUGCCACCACCGUAAUCCUCUCUUCCAAACCUUCCGAUUCCUGCCACGGGUCAUUUCCCGGCAUUCCCGGCGGUCCCCCAAGCAGCUCCCUAGUAGAUCGUAGUGCGACGAAUAUGAAUGUUUGCCAUCGUUUGAAAAAAAUGCCUCGAAAUAAUGUACCUUUCUACUGCCAGCAGCUACAAAACAGGCCACGGCAAUGGUCAGCUGGCGAACUGCACAACACAAACACACGCACUCUAAAAGAGGUGGUUAUUAUAGAUCGUUUAUAUCAUCAACUAGUAAGUGAAACUGGCAGGGCAUCAAUCGUGUCCGCGUUCCUUCCUGCGCCCAAGCAGAACACGCCUCUCCUAACGCCCAUAUACUCCACGCGCGUGUACGCUGAAAACAGUAUUUUCGUAUAGAGCAAGAGUGUGUUAUUAACGGCAACCGACCGUAGCGCCUGAAAGUCCGUGGAGCACAGAUGCCAAACGAACAGAAAGUCUAGAAAAGCCUCUAUCCUGUUUGUAGAUUCUCUUUUUCUGCACAAAAACAACAGAGCCGGCGGCAGGCAUAUGUAUAGAGUAUUUUUUAAGCCACCACGCUUCCGAAAACGAUGUCAGGGUUUUUAUUCCAGUGCGUGUAGCGUGUGUGAGUGUGUGCGUCUGUUAUUAUUGUGCGACCGACAAACAGCCCGAUAAUUCAUCCCAGAUGAAGUGAUAACUAGAAGUGCGUGAAACACGUUGUUUUUUAGUACAAUCUUUUGAAGAGAAUGCAUUUUUAAAAGUUAGCUCUCUGCACAGCAGCCAAGUAGUGUUUUGUUACCAGAGAAGAACACCCGGGCGGAUGUUGUAAGAUUUUUGUUUGUGUUUUGUGUUUUUACAAAUUAGAUUUACGACCUGUACACAACACGGCACGAGUGUGUGUUGUGCGUAAUGUAAGCGACUGUAGCGUCUUGCAAAACGUGGAAGUAAUAAAAAUUGGCCACUCUAACACAGUAUACUGAA